AUGAGGGCGUCGGGGAACGAGCGACUGGAGUGGGGCUUCCAGCAGCACCGGCCGCAGGCAGAGCCCCGCGUCUCCCCCCGCCCCCCCGGCGUGCGCUCGCCUACCCCCAGGAACAGCAGCCAGUGGAGCAUCAACUUUCCUUGCAAGUUCCAGGCGACGUUUUGUUUGGAGGAUCCAGCAGUAGGAGAGGCCGAAGCCAGCGGCCGGGUCUCGGUCCCAGCGCCUGAGGCAGCGCCGCUCUCUGCUCCCCCCCUGCAGCACCCGGACAUGUACGAGCGCGCGGUCCUGCGCAAGCCACAGCAGAAGGCGUACGGGGUCACCGUCGACCUCUGGAGCAUCGGCGUCACCUUCUACCACGCUGCCACCGGCAGCCUCCCCUUCAUCCCCUUCGGGGGACCCCGCAGGAACAAGGAGAUCAUGUAUAAAAUUACCACCGAGAAGCCUCCCGGAGCCAUCGCCGGGGUGCAGAGGCAGGAGAACGGGAGCAUCGAGUGGGGCUACGAGCUGCCCAUCACCUGCCGGCUCUCCGCGGGGCUGAAGGACCAGCUGAUACCCAUUUUGGCUAACAUCCUGGAGGUGGAUCAGGAGAAAUGCUGGGGAUUCGACCAGUUUUUUGCAGAAACCAACGAUAUUUUGCACAGGAUCGUGGUCGAUGUCUUCUCCCUGCAGCAGGCUUCCCUGCAUCGCAUCUACAUCCACUCCUACAACACUACCACCAAGUUUUUAGAUGCUGUCUUCAAACAAACAAAUAUAGCCCCUCACCAUCAAGAAUAUUUUUUUGAGGGUCAUCUGUAUGAGUUGGAUCCUAAUCUGCAAGCUCAUAAUUUCUGCAAAACCACAGAGCACAACCCUCUGACCUUGCUGAGCACCGCUGAGCAACCAGAAGAUGUGGUAGGAGUGAGAUACAGAGACCCGGCACUCGAGUUUCCAAAGUUUGUCCCCAAGGUGGACAUGGUGGCCGACUGCGGCGCAGCCAAGAGCGCGGUGGGGGCCGCACACCAGACCCUGCGCAUCGCCCAGGCCCUGCGGCGCUGCCGGGAGCUGCUGGCCAGAGGUCUCCAGUGGGUGAUCGGAAACCUGAAAAUGGAGUGCCUGAGGAUUCUGGAACAGAGACGAGGGGCUGUUUCGGUGCUCGCCUGCCUGCAGCUCACUGAGGUGAAGACCCGCGUGCUGUUCGAGGCUGUUCCUGCGGGCAGCGGGGUGCUGGCUCUGAAGGAGAUGACCACGGUGAAGACAAGGCUGCAGAGGGUCACCGAGGAGCUCUCUCAGUGCUCCCACAACAUCUUUGACUUUCAAGGGGCGCUGGACGGCGUUUUGUCUGAACUGGUGAAGCACAGGCAACAAGUGCACGAAGACAAAAGCAUCCGGCAGAUCGAGUGCUGCCUGGAGAAGAUGCAGCUGAUCUACAAGCAGUUCAAGAAGGCCAGGACGUGUCUGCGGCUGGGCUACAAUGAGGAACAAAUCCACAAGCUGGAUAAGGUGAAUUUAGGGCAUCUGGCCAGGAAGGUUCUGUUGAUUUUCCAGGAUGACUGUGUCCAGCGGUACCAGGAGGCCCUGACCCUCCACGGCAGCAGGAUGAGGAAAGUUUGUGAGAUAAAGAAGCAUCUGAAGAGGCUCAGCAACCGCAUCAGCGCCUGCAGCGUGGAGACGAUGGAGUGCCAGGACUGUCUGCAGGGUGCUCUGGACAGGUUUCUCCAGACGGAGAAAUGGAAUUUGGCCCCGAUUCCUCCCGCGCCUUCACCCAUCCCUCUGAGCCAGGCACGCCAGGAGAUGGCUUUUCGGAUGCAGGAGCUGCUGGAGCAGAUGAGGUCAGUAACUUGUGAUCUCCAGUUCAACAACAGCGUCAUCGAGCGGUUAAGUGGGGCUGCCCCCACACCUGGUGUUUGAGAGAUGUGGUGGAUCUGCAGCAGCUGAAGCAAACCGCUCUCCACAGCAGGGAACACUUACAGCACUUUGGGUCCAGAGCGGCGGAGGCGUUAGACGUUCGUGUUUGAGGAGCUCUCUGUGUCCUACCUCUCCGCUCCAGCACUUUUGCACAGUUCACCAGCAUUAGCUUUGAGUGGCUUGCAAGCCUUGAGCCUUUGAAAGUUUGACCAGAAAAUUGGGUUUGUUUUGUUUUGUUUUGUUUUUCUUUUAAAAAAUGCUUGAAGGACUCCAUGUUUUUCUAGCUUCUCUGUAUCACUGUGUCAGAUGAUGAAGAGGCUAGA